CUCUUCACACACUUCAGACAGACGGAGAGCCAGACGGAGUGUUUAUCGUGUGCUUACAGUCAGUUGUAGUUUCUAAAUGAAGGAUUCAUGUUUUCCUACCAUUGGAUCUCAGGGUCUGUCAGAUCCGGUGCGUGUCUCUUGCAGCAGCCGCGACGGCAGCAGACUGUAAAAACACGAGUGACGCGUCGAGUGGCGUGAGGAUUUCACUCCUGUUUAGACUUCGUGAAGACCAGGACCAGCUUAAUUGAGAAAUGGGGUGUAGGCUCCCAAAGUUGAGGAAAACAGAAGAGAAGCAUAGCCCUGGCAAUAUCUACUCCACCCUCCGACGGCCUCAGGUGGAGACUAAAGUUGGAGUGGCCUACACCUACCACUUCCUGGAUUUUCUACUGGGGAAAGAAGAGGUGCCGGUGUCAUCGGUGCUUUGUCUGUCAUCAGUGAGAGAACUGCCAGUUCAGGUCAGGGAGCUCUAUGCACAGGGUUUUGUCCUGGUUGCCGUCCACCCCUUUGUUCACCCUUGCGGCCCUCGUCAUGCCCACAUCCAGCGGCAACUCCACCGGGCCGUGUUGGUUCGAGAGACACAAAGUUCAGAAAAAAGCCAACAGAGAUGGGCCAGGAAUCGUCUGGAGACAGAUGUCUGUGUGGCAGGUCAACAGACUGCAGACCCAGAAGUGAUCCAGAGCUAUGUGAAGAAGAUCCAGGAUGUAGCAGAACAAGGGGUGAUGUUUGUGGGCUUUCUCCAACAGCCAGGUGGAGGACCAUAUUUCUUGGGGCACUGGGACACUGAAGAGCUGUCAUCCUUGCAUUCAAGCCCUUCGCCCAUAUAUCGACACCCUUUCAGUACCAACACUAGCCCAACGGAUCCGGCAGAACCACAUUGUAAAGGCGUAGCAGCUGAUCGUUGCAACUGUGAAUCUCAAGAUUUCGAUGAUGGUGAUGUGGAAUGUAGGAAACAGGACCACAGUACUUCGGUUCUCAGAAAACUAGACUUCAGCCCUCCUAAACGUAUUCCAAGUUUAGCGUGCUACCCAGAAAAUUCAAAUGACCCAAUCAAAAGCUCACAGACUGGUCUCAAAGAAUCAACAGAUGAACCUCAGAGUCACACUGAACCUGAUGCAGACACAGUUGAAAACACAUCAGAUGCACAGGGGAAUCGGUUCAGUCCGAGCCUCUCAGGAACAGAAUGUACUAUAAAGCUUGUGGAGCGUAAACUUCCAGAAGUGAAACACUUAACUGGAUUCACAGAGAAGCAUUUGAACCUUUCCAAUGAGAGAGAAAGAAGAGAUUCAAGCACAGACAGCUGGCUCAGCUCUCCAGAGCUGGAUCGCCACUAUGACAGAAAAUUUGAUUCUACUCGUGCAGAUGGGCAGAGCAGAGUGAAAACUCAUAACAACAACCAUAUCAAGCUAAAGAGUUCACAGAAAGACAAGGGUGCUACAUCACCACCGGCACAGGCUAGGAUGCAGCUGUUUGCACUGUAUAACCACACAGAAGAGAUGAACACCUCUCUGAGAUUCUACUCUCUCAGGGUGCCACUUCAAGUGCAAAAGGAGGCAGGGCUAAUCACAGAAGUCGAUGCAAACUGGCUCGACCACAUGACUCAGCAUUUUACCAGCGGAGCGCGCCUCGUUGAUGGGUUUUUCCACCUCACAGAUGAUAAUGACAACGGACUUUCAUCUGUGGAUAGUGUGUUCAUCUUCCAAAGCUCUGCAGAAGAGAUCAUAAACACGUCCUAUGAUGCCAUCGUGGUUGAGCAGUGGACUGUAGUUGAUGGUGUUGUUGUAAAGACAGACUACAUCCCUUUGCUCCAGUCAUUAGCUCCAUAUGGGUGGAGACUCAUGUGCGUGUUACCAACACCUAUUGUCAAGACAAACAGCGACGGGAGUUUGUCGACUAAGCAAAUCCUUUUCCUUCAGAGACCCAUUUUGCAGCGGAAAAGAAAAGACUUCAAGAUGCUGAACCUCAGGGGCCGCAACAAGGCAAAGAAAAAUUCAGCUGGAGAAGCACUUGACGAGCAAGAGAACAAGUCUCUUGUGAUAGAAGCUGAGAUGGACAGGUUGGGAACUAACACAGAAGAGGAGGAAGAAACAGAGGAGAGGAAGAGCAGGGACAGCGGAAGGAGCAACAGAGCGAACCCUCAGAGAAGCGGAGAGGAUGCGCUACAUCAAAAGGGCUUCUCGUUCCUGUUAGAGCACAAGGCUUCUGUUGAACAUCAGGAAGAAGAAACUGACAUAGACAAGAUCCAUCUGUCCAAGCAGGAGAAGUCGGUGAGAUGGACAGAUUUCUGUCAGAGAGAGAGAGGAGGAGUGAAAGACAAGGUGAGGACGGAUGAACGGAUCAAACAGCAGCUGUUUUCUGGUGUUUGUUGACAUAUUUUACAAAAACCGGUCAAAGAGAGCUGAAACCUGGUUAACCUUGUAACCACCAAUGUGUUGACUUGCAGGUCAGGCAUAUACUGUAUCUGUACUGCGUUCUGUUGACUUUUCUAUCUGACCUGAUUUGAACAGUAAAUGGACAAAGUGUUGUGCAUUUCUCUGCUUUGGGUCUGCUGUUUGAUGUCUAAAUAUAAAAUUAGGAGAUUGUACAAGGUUUUCCUUUACACUGUUGUAUUUUACUACUUUCUUGUAAUUGGAUUGGGAGUUUAUUGGAUUGGGAGUUUUCAUUUCACUUUGCUCACUGUAUUUUUUUAUGUGAUAGACAUAAAAGAUAUAAAUUAAGAUUAAAAUCUUAAAUAUGUCUUAGACUGCAAUAGAGCCUUAAUACAUAUAUCUAGCUAAGUCAGACACAAAUACGCACACAUAUAAACAGUUUUGGUUAUUUCACUUUUUUCACUUUUCAGUAGCAUAAUGAAUACGGGCAUUAAGAAUUACAACUCUAUUACAGAUCCCUACUUUAAUACAACAGCUGACUUUAAGCUGUUUCAUGGACAGAUGUAGUCUGUUCCUUCAGUAUUUUCCAUGCUUUUAGGUUUGGAAGACGUUGCUGUGAAUCCAAAA